CCCUUAUGCCUUACAAACAGUCAGUUGAUCCAACUCUAUUUCACUCAAUGACACCAUCAUGGGAUGCUCAGGGCUGUUGAUUUUGGGUCUUGUCCUAAAUGUUGCUCACUGCUUGGAAAUUCUGGGUCCGGAUGGAGAGCUGAUUCUUGAGAUCACACAGAACAUCACAGCGGUCCUGGGAGAAGACGUGUAUCUGAGGUGUAGAUAUCUGGGCGAGAGUGAGAUCCGGAGUGCUAGGUGGAAAUAUCAGACUAAAAACUCUAAUGUUAAAUCCAAGCUAAAAGCAGGAUUUUCUAAUGGCCACUCGUUUGGCCGCUAUGAGUUCUCAGCCCCGAUCUCUGUCACCAACCUCACAGUUAAGAUGAAUGUGUCCAGUGUGGAUGUAGAGGGAGAAUACAUCUGUGAGUUUGAAUCAGAGGAAGAACAAUAUUCUGGCAGCAUAUUCCUCACUGUUGUAGCUCGGCCUGAUAUCCAGGUCAUGGUGAAUGCAGAGACCAUAAACGGCCUUCACUACCAGUCGGUGUCAUGCUCUGCUGUCGGUGGCAGGCCUAUGCCUCAGAUCAGAUGGUUGGUCGAUGGCCUUCCUCCCUCAGAUUACCCUUUUACUGUGGACGUGAGUGAUACUGUUUACUCAAACGGCACCUCCACCCUGAGCAGCAUCCUCCGCUUCCCCACCCACCUGCAGGACGAGGACAGCGUGACCUGUGUGGUGCAACACCCGACCCUCCCAACCCACAAACUCACCACAGUGAGGGUGGAAACGUACACGAGGCCAAAUGUGACCAUUAAAGCAGAGAUGAUACAACAAGGAGGAAGUGAGUUCUGGGUGGUCUCUUGCAUUUCCUCUGGAGGGAGACCUGACACUGACAUCUCCUUGGUUUUGAACACCGAUGAAGAGCUGCAGAGAGAGAACAACACAGACUCAGACAUCCAAACAAGCUCAGUCCUCCUUCCUGCAAUCGUGUAUGAGGGGCGCAAUGUCACCUGUGUGUUUGACCACCCCAAAUUUACACACAAAGUGUCACGAGUCAUAACACUGCCGUCUUUUUAUUUGUCAGGAGUUCAGUUGUACUCAGAGCUUGGAAGCAACAGUGAUGACUUCCAAGACUCUGAAUCUUUAGAGCUGCAGGAAGGACAGAGUGACAUCGUCAUCAGCCUGCGGGUCACUGGGAAUCUGCCACAUUACAAUGUUACCUGCAAAAAAGAUGAUGGGCCCUUGCCUGAGGGAAUGGAGCUGGUUGGCAGCAGCCUCACAGUUCAGGGUCCUGUGGGGCAUGAGCAUGUUGGCCUGUACGAAUGUUUCUUCUCCUAUCACCAUCUUCAAGCAAAGCUGCAGUUUAAUGUCACAGUUAAACCUCAAGUUAUACAGCCUGUUCCUCCCACUAUAAGAGUUGAUUUGCAGACUGAAGAUGGACACAGGGUGAUUGAGUGCUCAGCAGCUGAUGCUGUUCCUGCAGCCAACAUGUCCUGGCUUCUACCAGAGGGUGUGUCUGGAGUUUCUUGGUUCAAUUUCACUUCUCAUAAUGGAAGCCACUCUGUCAGGGGAGUUUUACUCCUCCCUGCCUGCUCGCCUUGGGAGCUCACUGCAGAGUGUGUGAUAAAUCACCCUGCGUUUGAGGAGCCAGAGAACAGAAGCAUAACACUCCCUCUUUGCGCUCGCCCUAACAUCACCAUCAGCUCCGGCACUGAGUGGAAAAAUGGUAACGAGCACACAAAGGUGGACUGCUCUGUGGACAGUGUUGCCCCUGCAGCAACUAUAACCUGGCAUGUUGGAAACCAUGACAUCAGUUCUCUGUCGGAGACUGAGGUCCAGGCUGAUGGUUUGGUAUCGACCCGUAGCUCUGUGCACUUCUUGCCGUCUUUGUAUUCUGGUCAGGAUUUGACCUGCAUGGUGGAGCAUCCGAGCCUGGAGGCACCAGAAAAAAGAACAAUACACAUUCUUGUGCACAAAGCCCAUCUGCUGAGUGUGUCUGUGGUAAGACAGCAGGACUCUCCCCUCUGGCUGGCAGUGUGUGACUGCAGAGGGGAGGGUGUUGGGACGAACCUCGCCUGGGUCCUUCCCGAAAAUACUAAAGGCCAAACAUCCCUCCAGUCAGAGUAUGAAGGCCGGGUCCUAAAAGCCAGGCUGACUUAUCAGUUUCCUCUGGCCCUUCAUGAGGGGCAGGACCUGACCUGUGUGUAUCAUUAUGAACACGGAGCCACAGAGAAGAAGACCAUUCAUAUCCCCAGAUACUAUAUCUCCUCUGUGAGAGUCCUAAACCACACGACUCCUCUGCAAAGCCGCUACGGUGGUAAACCCAUCGUACACAGACUGACUCUCCAGGAAAAUCAUCGCAACCAGAGAGUACUGCUCCGAAUCGAAGGCAACGUGCCAGAGUACAACCUCAACUGUAAAAGGAGUGAUGGCUCAUUUGUCCAAAUGGAAGGGGUUGCAAUGGUCUUCCAGUCAGAGCUCACAGAGCGGGAUGAAGGCCUCUACACCUGCUGGGCGUCCUUCUAUCACCACAUAGCCACAGUCAACAUUCAAGUGGAGGUGAUGAGCGAGGACAAACUGUUUGCACUGGUGGCCAUGAUCUGCAUCUCUUCGGUCUCGGCCAUCAUCCUCAUCCUCGUCACCAUCCUCUGCUUGUGCUGCAAAGGAAAUAGCAGGACACAAUAUAAGCAGAAGUCUCUCUCGGCCUUGACAACCCUGAUGCAAGAGCCCGGCUGUCCUGAGGUGAAGAAGCCAGCAGUGAUGGAAAAAGACAGUAAGGAAUACACUCAGCUGGUCAGUUACUCCAUAGUCAUUGACGUCAAGAGUACAGUGUGAAAACAAAAGGUGCUCUGGAUUACACAUUCAGCUUUACGUUGUACAGAAACUACUGUGAAGGCUUACUGCAACUGCAGCAUUGUUUAUGAUUUCAGUGUAUUUUGAGCAUUAGAAGCAUUAGAAGUGAAGGGAUCCUGUUUAUGUACUGAAAUAUCAGUUCUUUUUAAGGUUUUUAGUUUUGAUUGAUUGGCAUUAAUGAAAGAUUUAAAAAUUUUAAAUGUAUUACUUUUGCACUUUUUCAUCUUACUUGAAUUUUGUACUGUUUUUAUGCACAUUGUAUUUUCCAGUAUUUGUCAAUAAAAUCUUCCAAAUAUA